AUGCUUCGUGCUAUUGGUGCGCAAAUCGAGAAAACCACAAAUCGCGAAGCCUGCCGUGAUUUGUCAGGACGUCGAUUACGAGACAUUAACGAAGAGAAACGUCUCAGGAAGUGGUUGGAAGGGCAAGAAGAUCGCGAGCGAGACGCAGCUGAGAGGAAGCAAAAAAAAAUCGAACGGCUGAUGGCGGAACCGAAGAUUGAGAUUAAUCUCAAUCCGGAAUAUGAAAAGGGUCGUCAAGAGCUGCCCGAACGUGUAAGUGCAGCAGUUGAGGCCGGUUGGGAGGCUGCGGGGACAUCAAAAGAAAUGGGCACUAAGAGGAAAGCGGAGGAUGUAAAACCAAAAGGGAAGAAGAAACCCAAGUUAUGGAUAGACGCAGAAUUGUCUGAUUGUUCAUCAUUGAGUGAGGAUGAUGAGGAAGAAACCAAAAUGAGUCCGGAACAAACUAUUUCCACAGAUAGCGGGAAUGAGUCUGACAGAGCUUCAGAAGCAAGCAGCAAUGUGCAG